AUGGACUUACUUGUGAACAAAUAUCGUCCAAACGAGAUACAAGACAUAGUUGGAAACCACACUACGGUAGAGCUGGUUUCGCUUAUCAUUGAAAGUAGAGACAUGCCACACCUGCUUCUCUCAGGCCCUCCGGGAACAGGAAAGACAACCUGUGCAAGGAUACUCACAAGAAAGCUUCUGCCUAGCAGGGAGGGAUUAUUAGAGCUGAAUGCAUCAGACGAGAGAGGAAUAGAUACAGUCAGAACCACCAUUAAAAACUUUGCCCAGAGAAAGGUUAAAGGCUGUGAAUUCAAGAUCAUAAUCUUGGACGAGGCAGACUCCAUGACAUCAGCUGCUCAGCAGGCGAUGCGCAGAGUGAUGGAAGUACACAGCUCCGAAUGUAGAUUCAUCUUGAUCUGUAAUACACUUACAAAGAUAUUUGAGCCUAUUCAGAGUAGAUGUGCAAUACUAAGGUUCGAAAGGAUAGAGCAUUCUACAAUUCUUGGGAAAUUAAAAGAAAUUUGUGGCAAUGAAGGCAUCAAGAUAAGCUGUGAGGCUCUUGAUCUUGUCGUCGAGCUCAGUGAUGGGGACAUGAGGCAAUCACUAAACAUCCUCCAGGCAUGCAUUAAUUCUUCUGAGACAAUAGAUCGGGACCGCAUAAUCAAGAUAAUAGGCCUUCCGUCUCCAAAAAGGAUCGAGAAGGUCCUGGAAAGGCUUGUGAAGAAUGAAGUUGAAGAGGCAUUAGAGAUGUUUGAUACGAUCUGGGAUGAGAAGUUCGAUCCUUUGGACUUGAUAAACUCGUUUUUUAGGGCUGCAAAGAACAUGGAAAACUACGAACUACUUAAGGUGAUUGGAUUGACAAACCUAAGAAUAUCUGAGGGCGUUAACUCGAGGCUCCAAUUCUACGGAAUGUUUCAUGAUAUCCUUAACAUGCAUAGUAAGAGAUCAUAA